AGAUCUCAAUCACGUACUAACACCUCUACACUCCCCUCAAAAUGUCUACCACGGAGGAGAAACCAACUACUGAAGCUACCGCGGCUCCCGUGGCUUCUAAAGAGGUGGAGCCCGUCGAAACGCCAGCUCCCACGACCGAGCCAAAAACAGCAGCUGAACCGCCAUCCACAACUACACCCGUGGAGUCAGCACCAGCAGAGACCACUCCUGCCAUAACUGCACCAGAAACAACAACAACAGGACCAACAUGGCCCGAGACGCCCGCAGACCAUCCCCUCUCUCAGCUCUUCACCCAGCUCCCCGAGAUCCUCAAGGAGACUGACUACGACGAAGUCUACGGCAUCCAUCUGGACCCCACCGCGAAGCCCUUUCUCACGAAGCUCAUCCUCCAAAAGUUCCUCCGCGCCAACGCCAACAACAUCCCCAAAGCCACCCACCAGCUGAAAGAAACACUGAAAUGGCGAAAGACAUACCAACCCCUCAAGGCCGCCGACGAAGUCUUCGAAGCUAAGCGCUUCGCGGGCCUAGGCUACGUGACGACCCUCGAGAAGGUCCCCACAAGCUCCAACACCACUGACAUUGCGACCUUCAACAUCUACGGUGCGGUCAAGGAUAAUUCGAGCACGUUCGGGGACCUGGACGCCUUCAUACGCUGGCGGGUGGGCCUGAUGGAGCUGGGUUUGAAGAAGCUCGAGCUGGAGAAGGCCACGGUGCCGAUUCCUGAUUUCGGACAGGGAGCGGAUCCGUACCAGGGGUAUCAGAUCCACGACUAUCUCAGCGUGAGUUUCCUUCGACAGGACCCGGUGGUCAAGGCGGCGACGAAGAAGACCAUCGAGACGCUGUCGGCUUAUUACCCGGAGACGCUGAGCCGGAAGUUCUUCGUCAAUGUGCCGGUGAUCAUGGGCUGGGUGUUCACUGCGGUGAAGUUGAUUGUGUCGAAGGAGACUGUCAAGAAGUUCACUGUGCUGAGUUACGGCGAGCAAUUGGCUGCUGAGCUAGGCCCUGGAAUUCCAGAGGUGUAUGGAGGGAAGGCUGCUGGCUUGGAUACCAUUGCUGAGACGUUGAAGCUGGAGUAGGCGUGGCUCAAGAGCUUGUAACGGGGUUGGGUAAUGCUUGGUUGGCCACGAGGGCGAUUAUACCACGGUCAUUAUCAUGACUACGGAGUUAAUACGGUUGUACCUACAUUCCUCUUAAUGCACAAAUCUUCUC